CUCUGGGGGCCGUGGCAGCCAGGGCCCAGGAGUCUCUCUGCUGUUACUGCUAUUAGAGACCGGUGUGGUUGAAGCGGUUGAGCAUCGUCGAAGAAUAUCUUAUUUCGGGCUUACAUCAGUCGAUUGCAUCAGCUUUCGCAUGGACUAUUGGCUAGUCAUGGCCCAGUUCUCGAUACUCUCGUGGGCUCCAGCGCCGUUUCAAUAAGAAGAGGAAGAUCCUCGCUCCAUCUACGGUCUACAAACCUAACCUUAAAACGCUCGUCGGGAUAUACUGUUUACGUUACACAAAAGUGACUAACAUUCUGCACAAGGUCCCCGUUGGGCUCGUCACAAUGACGCACGAGGAUUCGUGGGAGGCCGUGAAACAGGCGGCCGAGAAGAACCGGCACGAGUUGGUGCUGUCGGGCGCGUCGGUGUCCAAACUGAUCGAGACGUCCGGCCUGGACAGGAACCUGUUCGACCUCCACGGCCUGAAUUAUCUCAGCAUAACGCACACGCGUCUCCAGGAGGUGCCGGACGAGAUCGAGAGGCUGGCGAACCUCGCGACUCUGGUGCUGCACUCGAACGAGAUCGCCGAGCUGCCGCGUGCGAUCGCCAAGCUGGCCAAGCUGAAGGUGCUCGACUGCUCGAGGAACAGGCUGGCCUCCCUGCCGGAAGAGCUCGGCGGCCACCCUCAGCUGUGCACGAUGAAUCUCGCCUCGAACCUCCUGCGGGACGUGCCGUCGUUUGGCUCGUGCACCAAACUGACCAUUCUAGACCUGUCCAACAAUCGGCUCGAGACCUUCCCCGACAUCUGCCAUGCGGAGCUCGCGCACCUGUCCGAGGUCCACUUCAACGGGAACCGGAUAGCGGAGAUUCCAGUUGCUAUAAACCGACUGCAGGGACUGAAGGUCUUAAACCUGGCGGAUAACCUGAUCUCUGUUGUGCCGAGCGAAUUAGCAGAUUGUAGUAAACUGAAGGAGGUGUAUCUGAAAGGGAAUAAAUUGUCGGACAGGAGGCUGACCAAGUUGAUCAACCAAUGCUCCACGAAGCAAGUGCUCGAUUACGUCAAGUCGCACUGCCCGAGGAGCCAGUCGUCCACGGCGGACGCCAACCCGCUGAGAAAGGGAAAGAAAGGCCAGAAAGUUUCCGAGGGUGAGAGUACGCCGGAGAGCCUGGCGCACAAAUUGAGAGUCUUGAAGGUGGCGGACGACACGCCGGUGAUAAAACUCAUGGAGGAUGUCAAGGUUAUCAGGCCUUACAUUGCCGCGUGUAUCGUGAGAAAUAUGGGCUUCAAUGAGGAGAGUUUCAAGAAGUUCAUUCAGCUGCAGACGAGAUUGCACGAGGGGAUAUGCGAGAGGAGGAACGCGGCUACGAUAGCGACUCAUGAUUUGAGGCUCGUCGCGCCUGGGGACCUCACGUAUACGACGAAGCUGCCCACGGAGCUGGAAAUAAAGCCUCUGAUGCGCAGCGAGGUGUGCACGGGCGCGGAUCUGUUUCACAAGCUGCAAACGGAGGCGGAGAACCUACGCAAGGAGAAAAAGCGAAACGUGUAUUCCGGGAUACACAAGUAUGUGUACCUACUGGAGGGCAAGUCUUCGUUUCCGUGUCUGUUGGAUCAGUCGGAACAAGUUAUCUCGUUUCCGCCCAUUACGAAUAGCGACGUGACGAAGAUGUCCGCGUCCACCCAGGUGAUGCUCGUGGAGGUGACGAGCGCCAUUUCGUACACGGUUUGCAGGAAUGUGCUGGACCAAUUCCUGAAAGAAUUAAUAGUCGCGGGUCUCGCCGAGUCCGCAGAAUCGAAGAAUACGGACAACAGAUGCAACAGUUUGACGGUUCAGCAAAUCAAAGUGGUCGACACCCAAGGAAACCUAAAGCUGGUGUAUCCCUCGAGAGCGGAUUUGAAUUUCAGCGAGCAGAUCAUCGUCGUGUCGCGAGAAUACGGAGAGUAACUCGAAUUCUGCCCGAAUUCAGAUCCGCGAGAAAGUUUAGUAGAGGUUCCUUUGUAAAAAGGAAGGUAAGGGAGAGGAGGGCAGAUUCGCGAGAGUUUUUGUUUUUCUUUUUUGAUUUGUUAUUCGAGAGCGCGAGAGUUACCGAAGCGAUCUUCCAAAUUGCGUUUUUAUCUUCUUCCGCGACGCGGAAGUGUCGAGAUCGCUCUACUUCAUCGCGUCGAUUGGGGACGCUCGGCGACCGGAUGCGGCGGUCGUCCGCGAACCUGAGUCUCGCGAAAGGGCGACACUGGCGGCGACUAUGAUAAUGAACGGGAUCAGUACGGGGAUUCUGUAACUUGCUGUCGACGCUUUUCGGUAUCGUUAACUAGCGGCAGUCAACGGUAAAGAUGAUCUUCGAGAAAGACACAGCUUUGCGUGAGUGGUUGCUAGUUAACGAAAAGCCUUGACAGCAAGUUAAAGAAUUCUCGUACUGGUGCUCUAUUCUGUCCUCGGUUACCAGCAAGUACAACGACGUUCGCUCAGCUUUUUUACACGAUAGAAAAGCUGCGCAAAUGUUGACGAUAUCGAUAUAGUUGUCGGUAGCCGAGUACAGAAUUUAGUUAAGAUCGAUUAAGGACAAAUUGAGUCAAGAUCCAAGUUAAACGACGCUGAUGGAAACCGGAGUAAACUGACCUGACUGCGCUCUCUCGGAGUCUGUCCCUCUCUUCCCGCGGUGGAGGGAAGAGGACGGACUCCGAGCCGGUGCAGCCAGUGCAGC